AUGUUCCAGAUCCUCCGCACUCCACCGUCAUGGGCGAAGGACCAUCGACUUUCUGGUUGUAUCGUCACAAUUUUUGGCCAGUCUGACAUCCAGAACAUUGACGUACUCGGUAAGAUAUACGAUACUCUUACUCUGUAAGUUUUCAAGUUUGCAAGUUUUGGUGGUGAAAAUGAAACUGCACAUAGUUUAAAAGAAAUUAUCAUGCCUCUUCUGGGUCAUUAAAAAUGAUUCUUACAGACUGAAUGACAGAAACUAGAAGUAUUUAUUUUUCCGCACUAUAUUUAACUCGUUCAAAACCAUGACGCCUCAACGUUUGCCGUUUCAGAAUUUUCAGUCCAAAAUCAUGGAUUCAUGUGACUCAGCCUGUGCCCCUUUGUCGCGUGAAGUAAAAGCAGAUUUGAACUUAACUACCUCAAGUUGCACUAAUGUCUCGGUAAGCAACGAAGUUGUUGAGUUUUGUCUUAAUUUUCUCAUCGUGUGAAUCCAAUAUGAGCUCGAAUGAUUGCAGUAUUCGAUUUGAACAAAUUAUAAUGACUAAAUCAAACUUAAAAGAAUGCAAUUAAUUACCAAGCAUCACAUCGUGGACGGACAGGUCUCCCCUCUCUCGGUCGGGAGAUGUUAAUGUUUUCACAUAUACUCCUUGGGGUUGAAAACGGUAGUCUGUUACCUCCCAGGGUAUUUCCACCUUAG